GUAGCUAGAGUGUUGUUAUCUCUUUCUCUAUCUAAUCCAUCUUUUCUGUACUCAUCACUUCACACACAGACACAGUGAUCAAUCACCGAGUCAAAUUCUCAAUCUCAAAAACCAUGGCUCCAGGUCCAGUUAUUGACGCACCAGCCACUGAAUCCGAAGUUGAACAACAAAUCCCCUCUGUUGACGAAACUACUCUCAAGAAGAAACCCCAACCCGAGGAGGAUGAUGCUCCAAUUAUCGAGGACGUCAAGGAUGACGACAAAGACGACGAAGAUGAUGAUGAAGACGAUGAUGACGAGGACGAUGAUGACAAGGAAGACGCUCUAGCUGGUGCUGAUGGUUCAAAGCAAAGCAGAAGCGAGAAGAAGAGCCGAAAAGCUAUGCUUAAGCUUGGAUUGAAACCUGUCACUGGCGUUAGUAGGGUCACAAUCAAGAGAACCAAAAAUAUACUUUUUUUCAUCUCAAAACCUGAUGUGUUCAAGAGCCCAAAUUCUGAGACCUACAUAAUAUUUGGGGAAGCUAAAAUAGAGGAUUUAAGCUCUCAGCUGCAGACACAAGCUGCUCAGCAGUUCAGGAUGCCAGAUAUGGGAUCUGUAAUGGCAAAACAAGAUCAAGGUGCGUCAGCUUCCGGAGCAAUUCCUGAGGAGGAAGAAGAGGAAAUUGAUGAAACUGGUGUGGAGCCCCAUGACAUUGAUUUGGUUAUGACACAAGCGGGAGUGUCUAAGAGCAAGGCCGUCAAGGCUCUCAAGACUCACAAUGGGGACAUUGUUGGUGCCAUCAUGGAGCUCACUACUUGAUCGGGUUUUGCGUUUAAUUGGGUUGUGUUCUCUUUGUAUUUUUUCUGUGGAAUAAUUUUGGAACUAGUAUUUUAAGUUACUGUAGCCACCAAGACCGUAUCACCUUAUUAAAGCGUCUAUAUGUUUACUAGGUGUACCAUUUCCCUGAUGAAUUUGUUGCGUUCUCUGUUUCCUAGAAAAUUCAAGGGGUGACAUUAAGAUCACAUGUUCUUUUUUUUUUUCGACAGAAUGAUCACAUGUUUGUUUAGAUAGUGUUGUUUUUGUUUUACCUAUACUCGGAGCAACUUUCUAUAUAUGAAUCCCUUUUUCUUUUGACAAA